CUGGGCUUGACUAGGCUGCAGAGUGGCCUCUUUGGGGUUUCAUUCAAACCCAAUCUGUUUACAGGUGUGGGAGGUGGGAGAGAAGCUGGGGACCCAGAGUAGAGGAUGGCUUGGUGACGACCUGCCCCAGGGGAAGGGGCUGUGUGGGCAUGAAGAGGGAGGGCCACUAACGAUACCAAAAGAGGAUGGUAAACCAACCCUUCCUGCAGUUCCUGCAGUUCAGCAGUGAUCUGGCCUAUAUCUUGGCAUCCAGAAAAGACAGAAGGUUCCUUACUAAAAGCAGUACAUGCAAGGUUUCUCAUACCAUGAGAUGAGUGCUGUUCUGAUCAUGUCAUAGAGGAGGAAACUGGCCUGCGGAGGCUCAUCAGGAGGGUGGCUCAGGCCAGUCUCCACUGACACCCGUGUUCUCUCCACUCUGCUGCGGUGGGCCACAGUCCAGGACACAGGCACCACAUCUGCCUCGGCCAGCCAUCUCCCUGAGGAGCCAGCAACCUGUGACCCAGGGACCCACCAGCAGAAUGUCCAGCCAGGAUUUGAGUAUUACAGCAAAACUCAUCAAUGGAGGUGUGGCAGGGCUUGUUGGGGUGACUUGUGUGUUCCCCAUCGACUUGGCCAAGACUCGGCUGCAGAAUCAACAUGGAAAAGAUAUCUACAAAGGAAUGAUAGACUGCCUGGUGAAAACUGCCAGGGCGGAAGGCUUCUUGGGCAUGUACCGAGGGGCUGCAGUGAACCUAACCUUGGUCACUCCAGAGAAGGCCAUCAAGCUGGCAGCCAAUGACUUCUUCCGGCAGCUGCUAAUGGAGGAUGGGAUGCAGCGGAACCUGAAGAUGGAGAUGCUAGCUGGAUGUGGAGCUGGAAUGUGCCAAGUGGUGGUCACUUGUCCCAUGGAAAUGCUCAAGAUUCAGCUGCAGGAUGCUGGCCGCUUGGCAGUUCAUCGUCAGGGCUCGGCCUCAGCGCCUUCCUCCUCCAGGUCCUACACUACCCGCUCGGCUCCCACCCACAAGCGCCCGUCUGCCACCCUUAUUGCCUGGGAACUACUUCGCACCCGGGGCCUGUCUGGUCUCUAUAAGGGUCUGGGCGCCACUCUCCUCAGAGACAUUCCCUUCUCCAUCAUCUACUUCCCACUGUUUGCCAACCUUAACAACCUUGGGUUCAACGAGCGUACCGGGAAGGCCUCCUUUGCUCAUUCCUUUAUGUCAGGCUGUGUUGCGGGUUCCAUAGCUGCUGUCACAGUAACACCUCUGGACGUUUUGAAAACUCGAAUCCAAACCCUCAAAAAAGGCCUGGGUGAGGACAGCUACAGUGGGAUCACCGACUGCGCCAGGAAAAUCUGGAUUCAGGAGGGACCAUCCGCCCUCAUGAAGGGAGCAGGCUGCCGGGCCCUGGUCAUAGCCCCUCUCUUUGGGAUUGCCCAAGGGGUCUACUUCAUUGGUAUUGGAGAGCGGAUCUUAAAGUGUUUCGAGUAGAGAGCUGGAGCUCAAGUCCCUUUACUUGCUGCCAGCUCUCUAGCAUAUUCUACUUAGAGAGGGAUGAGCGAGACGCCCCCCAUGUCAUACUCUGUCCUCUAACCUGUAGUGCUACCUCACUCUCAGAAGACACACUCUUAUCCCAAUAAGCAAGCUGGGUAUGGUCCCGUUCUCCCUUCGUGAUAUCCACAUCUGUUUUUUGGCAGGGUUAUAGCUACCAGGGAGCUUCAGAAGCCCUUAAGCACCUACUUUUCAACAGCAAACAUAGUAUGUGCUUGGGGUGUAUUAACUGCAGGAUCCUAACACAUAGUAAGAUAGAGGGGUUGUUUCUCCAUUUUACGUUUCUAGUUCACGCUCAAACUCCAUACACUUGAGUCAGUUUGAAGAUUUAGUGUUAUUUCUGAGUUAAAUAACUUAUGGUUAGUUCUAGCACUGAUUUGGGGGAAAAGGAGGAUCAGAAGUUCAAGGGGACCAUGAAAGCCCUCAAAGUCAGCACCUUGUUCAAAACCAAGCAGCUGAGAGAUUAGGCCGAUGAGCGGCCUGGGCUGUCAGGGCGGCUGUCCUGCACCACACAGACUCUCACAGAACAAUGUCCAUGGAACAUGGUUUUAAAUAAAACUGAUUAAACUCUCGUCUUGUAAUUAGUGGGAGCAGUAGACCCGCUGCAAUGGAUUGUUUUCCCUCCACCUUUCCCCAUCCAUCCCAGAACCAAAAUGCAUGAAAAUGAGCUCUGAGGCAGGUCUUUAGCACAUACCCUUCAAAUCACCACUCAUGAGGUCAGAGGACAGCCAUGGGGAUACUUUAUCUUUCAGUUACACUGGGUUUGAAGUCUUGACCCCAUCAUUUCCUAACUGCAUCACCUUGAGGAAUGGGAUCCACUGUGACAGUUCCCAUGCACCAGUGCCUUCGCCGGAGGGCUGCCACAGAGAAAUGCUAUCAGCAUGCAGGCUCAAGUCUUAGGUAAAAAAUGCCUGUUCCGAGAAUUGGUAUUUACAUUAGUCCCCAUCUAAUCUCACUUAUGUUAAUGAAAAAACGGCCAGCCUCAGUAGCCUCAUUCUCUCUAGAGAAGCCCACAUUGGAGUCUGGCUGCAGAGACAGACCCGAGUUAGAUUGUAACUCUGCCUACCGGUAAGAUCUUGGGCAGUUAUUAGUCGUCAUCUGAGAAAAAAAUAAAGAACGAGGAGAGGAAGAAAAGGCCCUUUGUGAAAGGGUUUAGGCCUAACACACAGUAACCCUUCUCCUCCAAUAAGCCCCUAGAUGCUUUUCUUUUCUGACUCUGCCAAAGCUAAUAAAACUAUUUCCUCAAUAAAGCUGUCGAACCCUCUG